AGGACUCUGCAUCGAACUCUAGCGUGCUUGCAAAGUCUGAUGCACGGAUCGUUCCCGAAACGGAGCAAUCAGUCACACAAUUCGUAGAAACGAUCCACAGUUUGAUGGGGUCCAGUUCUGCGUCACUUGCUGGCGAAAGAAAUCGAACAAAACCGAUCUGAGAAACCUGUUGGGAGGCUUGAUCUUGGUGGUGGUGGUGGUGGUGGUGUUGUUUUGCUUUUGUGGGCACGGAGGAAAUUCUGCGAGCAUAGAGGAUGCCAUGGCCACUCUGGAUGUUUCGGAGAGUUUCAGGGCCGUUUUGCAAGGAGUGCAACGAGCAUUGAGGUCGCCAGCGAGUUGGGAGUCGACUAUCAUUGCUACUACCACCAUUUUUGUGAUCGCGGCACCUGUUUUGUUGGUCGGAUUGUCGAUCCCUGGAGUGAUGAGUGCGUUCUUGCUGGGCCUCUUCACCUUUCGUGCCUUCGGCUUGCCCGGCACCGUUAUCGUCUUUCUCUACUUUCUUAUUGGAACCGCUGCCACGAAAGUGAACUAUAAACUGAAGAAAGCCGAAGGGACGGCAGAGAAGAGGGGAGGAAGAAGGGGUCCUGGGAGUGUGUGGGGAUCUGGCACAGCCGGCACAUUGUGUGCGAUUGCAACAAUCUGUGGCGUCUUUGGACCUGCAUGGGUGCCCCUUUGGCGAUUAGGUUUCCUGGCCAGCUUUUGCACUAAACUUAGCGACACGAUGGGGAGCGAGAUUGGCAAGGCUUUUGGUAGAACCACAUACUUGGUGACAACCAUGACAGUUGUACCUCGCGGCACAGAUGGAGCAGUGAGCUUGGUCGGCACUUUUGCAGGAUUGAUCGCAUCUGUUUUUCUGGCUUUCAUCGGUUAUGUCGUUGCCUUGGCUGAUCUGCCGGGAGCUAUUAUUUGUGUGGGAGCUGCUCAAGUGGCUAAUCUGUGUGAGAGCUUCAUUGGAGCAGCGCUUCAAGGUCAAAAAGGCACUGAAUGGAUUACAAAUGAUGUCUCGAAUAUAUUUAACAUCUCAAUAGGUGCAAGUUUGGCCAUUCUUACAAGCUUGCUGUUUAGAUAAAUACCAAUUUACUGCUGAACAUGCUUCCUACUGCACCCAACUCCCACAGUUCGAGGCUUACAAUGAUUUCAUGGACGUAAAUGCUAAAUCUCCAUUUUGAAAUUGGAGCUUGACUGCUGCUAGCUUGCUGUGUAUAAUGAGCUAUCCAAGUGGAACGCAAAAUUGGAGCUUGACUACUGCUGUGCUCAAUCCAGUAGAUUAGAGAAUGUACAAUGUUUACAGUAGUCUGUCUUAGUCCUCUGUCGUUAGGAACAUGACCUUGGCUCCGCAUUUGCAGCGCAGCGAAGGUAACGAAGCAGGUGCAGCAAGAGAACUUUGGUUGACUUGCUAUGUAGAGGCUAGAAAGUAGGAUCUGCAUAGUGCAUGGCUGGUCUGCAGGCUUGGUUAUGUUAAUGUUCGACCAUCUACACAUUAAAAGUAGUUGUUAAUAUUCCCACGCAAUCUUUGCACAGUCGACAUGCGAAUGUUAUUUUAUGAGUGAGCGCUGAAAAAAAUUGUGUUCAAAUCA